CGUGCUUGUCACCGCCUCGUGCAAGCGCGGUACCUGACGCCAUAUCUCCAGCAGCAACGUGACGGUGACCGACAGAGAGGAUCACAAGAUGCGUAUCGUGCUGACGGUAUGUCUUGUAAAGUCAUCGUAGCGAAGACGGAUCGUCCAUCUCUCAAAUUUCAACCUCUUGACUGCCAAGGGACGAGACAAGCUCUCGGUUCGAGGACGAGUCUGGUCAGAACCUCACGAGACUGAUGCGAGGUUGAUCAGCGCAAUCAGCGCCCUUGCCAGUAGUACCUCUGGCGGCCCAGUCGACAAGUGGACAACAGCGCUCGGGAUCGAUCUUCUCCUCGAGUCGGCAAAUAUGGCGGCCACUGCAGCCAGAAGGCUGACCUACAGCCUGCCACCUCGAGACGAUACUUUGCCAGAAUUUGCGAUCCCAUCGCUACAGUCCAGCUUUCAGCGCCGAGGCAGGAGUCAACCGCUUUUGGAACAGCUGCCCCCCUCCACUCCGGUACCAGCUCGCUCAAACUUUACAUUCCAAGAGAGUGGCAGACCUUCCCAUCCACGUCACACGCUGCCGGUCACCUCUCUCGCGUUGGAUGUCAGUACAUCCGUGCAGGACCAGGAAAUGGCUUCAACCUCGCAGCAUACACCGCGCGGCAUCCUCUAUACUGGUGGGCGAGAUGGCCUGCUCGCGGCUUGGGAGCUCGGCUUGCCGCUCAGGAAGCGGCGCAGGCAGAGAGCGGCAGCGUGGGAUGACGAGCUGCGCGAUGGAGCACAAAGAGAACGAGACAGCGACGACAUUCAGUGUGUUGCACAGCAUCAUGUGCCCGGCGCUUCGGGACUGGCGUCUGAUCUAGAAGAUGAAGUCGAUGAGAGCGAGACCCCAGUGGAGCAGCACUGGCAAGUGGAUCCAUCGCGAAGAGAUGAGCCGCUUCCGCAGCCUCGCUUCAGACAGUGCGUGCAGAACCACACGGACUGGAUCAACGAUAUCCUGCUCUGCAACUCGAAUCAGACCGUCGUCUCUGCUGGCUCAGAUGGAACGCUUCAGGUAUGGAAUCCGCACGACUUUCGGAGCUCUAUGACACCUCAGGUCCUAGGCAGUCAUCGUGACUAUGCUCGAGCCCUAUCCCACGCCCGCGAAGCAAAUUGGGUAGCCUCCGGUGGCUUUGAUUCCGUGAUCAAGCUCUGGGAUAUUCAGGAGACUAGACCUGAGCCCAUUAUCGAGUUGGCAGAGAGCGCUGUGAAAGCCUCCGUGUAUGCCCUCUCGGCGAAUCCAGCUGGUAGUGUCAUCUCGGCCGGCACGCCAGACAAGGUUGUCAGAGCUUGGGAUCCGAGGAGCGGCGCAGAGAUAGCCUCGCUGAUCGGACAUACCGACAAUGUGCGGAGCCUAGUGGUGUCUGAAGAUGGGCGACACCUGUUGAGCGCAUCAAGCGACUCUUCCAUUCGACUGUGGAGCAUUGGCGAGCGUCGAUGCCUGCACACGUUCACACAUCAUUCCGAAAGCGUCUGGAGCCUCUUCUCCGAUCACCCGAACCUCGACGUCUUCUACUCAGGCGAUCGGUCUGGAUUGGUUUGCAAGGUGGACUGGGAGAGAUGUGCAGAGGUGGCAGAAGGAGAGUGCGUGGUCCUUUUCAAAGACGCCGGCACCAACAGAGCUAGCUCGAGGGGUCGCGCGUCUAACGGCACCAAUAGGACCCAUGUCGGCAUCCACAAGAUCAUCGCUCAAGAUAACACAUAUGUUUGGACAGCCGGUGGGUCUUCCGACGUUUCUAUAUGGAAAGACGUGCCAUCCCGCAUGUCCAGAGAAGCACUGUAUCCUAUCGAAGGCCCAGCUACAGAGUCAUCAACAGGCCUUCUGGCCGAUUUUCCUGCUCCCGCUGUCUCGACACCGCCUGCGUCAGCUCAAAGCGGCCUCAGCUUACGGAGGCCAAGCGCCCUCAAGCAUUCUUCUCAAGGCUCCGCGCCCUCUCCAAAUGUCUCCUUUGCGCAGAGGUCCAGACACGAUUCGCCAGGUCCAGGUCUCCGAUUCGACGCCAAAUCUCUACCUCGUCAAGCAAGUGGAGUUUCAACGCGCACCCAUAGGUCUUCUCACUCCAAUGCAUCGCUUGGAAGCAUUGAAGGCGCAAUGAAGGCCUCUAAUGGCGCCGCAACAGGGAAGGAGAUGACAAUUUCCGCCACCAGCACUGACAGUGUGCAUCCAGCUGCAAUGCUCUUCGGCAUUCCGUUCGAUUCCCUCGUUUGUUUGAGCCCAGCCAACGAUCCUUACGGCGCCUCUGUCGGGUUGGGAAGUCUCAGCGUUCGCGAUCCAGAUGUAUACUCCUCGCACUCGGCAUUCGCUGCCAGACGGAGCAGUGCGGCGCUCCCAUCCGGAAGGCCUUCUCUGUCCUACGACUCGCGCCAGUCGCCUGGCCCCAGUGCCAUUCCUGCACACCUACACCUACCGUCCAGGCCUCUCAAUCGGCCCAAAAGUACAAGAUCCGCAAGCAUUCGGUUCGCGCCUGAAGCGGAGCGUCUCCCACGCGGAAGUGCAGCUGGUCUCGCCAAUGACGACAUGUGGGAAGACGAUGUCGUGGACGAGGCAUCUGACAGUGACGACGAAGAUGCUGUCGAAGAAGCUGCUCUCGAGGCGAGGCAGAGGUACGAGGAUCGAGAAUUUGCGGUUGAGGCCGUACCGCUUCUCAAGAAGCCCGAGAGCGUAAUCGAAGGCACGCAUGGACUUAUUAGAACCUCGGCUCUGAAUGACCGACGCCACGUUCUCACCAUCGAUACUGCUGAUGUGGUCGCGCUCUGGGAUAUCGUGCGCGGGGCUUGCCUAGGUACCUUCAGACCCGACGACAUUUUGCUCGCUCAUCAAGACGGCUUUUCGAGCGAUGCCUCGGACUCAAGCGACUACAAACACACGCAGACCGCCUCGAUCUCGAGGCUACCUCCUGCGGAGGCUCUGAGUCUUGUGAAGGAAAGGAUCGAAGGGGAAGAAACGGCACCACUGUGGUGCAACGUGGAUGUACGGGGCGGUCUGCUGUCGGUGCAUCUGGAAGAACAGCGGACUUUCGAUGCGGAGCUUUACGCCGACGAAGCGGUUUUUCUGGAUCCGUCGGUCUUUCGCGAGGACCAAAGAGUCAAUGUCGGCAAGAUGGUGCUGCGCAGCUUGCUCAAGUCGUUCGUAGAGACAGAAACUUCCGUGCGCUCGACUGCCACACCUUUGGUCCCUGAGGGCGUCUUGGCCGCCGAGCGGCCCGAGGUGAUGCAAGCUGGGCCACUUCGUAUCAGCAUCCCGCGAACUCAACCUCACGGUCAUCAGGGCCUUGCAAAGCGUGACUUUCCUCACACGCCAGGCAUGACCAUCGCGCUUGCCGAACCUGCCAGAUCGCCAGCCAUCUUGGCCACCAACUCUUCCCCGCUCACUCCGACGGCGAGCCGAGGAGGAAUCGCCGGAUUGACGAGCUCCUUCUCGGCUCUCGCCUCCGCUUCUGCACAGACCCCUUUGGCGACGACCCUGCCGGGAGCAUCGAGCGACUAUUUUUCGCUAGCCAACUCGAGCACCGCCAUCAACACGCCUGCUCCGGCUGGUGAGUCCAGAACCCCAACAAGUUCUCGGCCGCAGACACCUGCUUCGUCCAGCAAUCAAGUCUCGGGCGGUGCUGGGUUAAUGAGCCGAUUGAAAUGGGGUAAAAGUAGCAAGAGCGAGCGCGCGAGCGCCCAAGACGUGAAGGCUACGACGAAGGUCGCUGGUGCUGGUGAGGAAUCAGACACGUCUGCCAAUGACGACCUCUCCAAUUUGCGCCAAUUCUUCACCAAACCGCUCAGCAUUCCGCCCCUCAACGAAGUCCCCGUUGUCAUCUUCCCGCCGGACACGACGAUUUUGAUUGAGACGAGUUCUUCGUUAGGCACUUGGGAGAUAGUGUAUCGGGGCCUGGUCCGAACAGGAAGUGCGGAUGUAGCUGCCCUUGAGACAAGUGCACCGCGCUGGGUGUUGGAUGCUGCGCUCCACAACAAGGCUCCUCAGCAAACAUUAUCAAAGAUCAGCUUCAAUCUUGUUCCCUGGGUCGCGCCUGAGCUUCGCGACAAUGCCGGCGGCGAAACGACGAUCCAAACCUCUGCAAACGGCUCUGUGCUGCCCACUACCUUACCUGAGCUUCCUAGCGGCAACGCCCGCCUUACUGCAACCCGCAUGCUGCGCAUCAAAAAGACGUGCGCUUAUGUUGCGGAGAAGCUCGAGAUGAUUGCCUCAACAGAUUCGCGCAACAACAGCAUCGCUGGUUCCAGGCGCGCAUCUGCAGAUGCUCCCGCAUCGGCGUCAAAUGGCGGUGAUGAGACCAAGAAGAGCACCGCGGGUAGCAGUGGUGCCAAACGCUCUCUUGGCUCUGCUAUUGGCCUGUCCGGUGCGAGCACCGCUGCUUCGGCCACCUCCGGGAAGGCGACUUCUGGGUCUGCAGGGAGCUCGCCCCCUACGUCUGCACAGGCUGCGAUACUCGCCACGCAGAAUGCCACGUCAGCUACGGCAACGGCUACUGAGCAAGAUGCGACCGAGCUGAUAGAGAUCUUGUGCAACGAUGAAGUCGUACCUCUGCAUGUCACGCUUGCCCAAGUUCAACGGUUCUGGUGGAAGAGCGGCGGCGAUGUAGAGCUGCAAUAUCGCCACAAGGCAGGUGGGUCUUUGUAAAGACUCCAUGGUUAUCGCUACGUGUCUUUGCCAAGCUUCCGCGUGAUGCUUGUUUGCUUGUCGCACCUUCCAUCAUUGUAACAAUGUCACGUACAGUGCGUCAAGCGCGAAGGAGUCUUGUGUGCAAUGCUGCAAGAUAUUUGGUGUAGCGC